UGCAUUGUAUCUUCUACUAUAUAACAAGUUUCAACAAAAUUCUGAAUAUAUGGGAGUACAUUCUCUUUGGGACAUAGUUGGCACGGCUGCUCGGCCAGUUAAGCUAGAGGCUCUUUCACGGAAAAGAUUAGCAGUCGAUGCUUCGAUCUGGAUCUAUCAGUUCAUGAAGGCGGUUCGUGACAAGGAAGGCAAUUCAUUGGGACAAACUCAUAUUGUCGGAUUUUUCCGCCGGAUUUGCAAAAUGCUCUACUUUGGGAUACUUCCUUUGUUUGUGUUUGAUGGAGGAGCGCCACCUCUAAAGAGGCAGGUUAUUCAAGCUCGUAAAGAGAGACGCCAAGGAAACCAAGAAAAUGCUGCAAACACAGCACAAAAAUUGUUGGCAAUGCAGAUGCAUAGAAACAUUAGCAGCGGUGCACCUGUCAAGAAGAAUAAAACAAGACAGGAGAUGUCUAAAUCUGCAUCCGCUGAAGGAGGUGGCGAGAACGUUUAUUUUGAUGAUUUGCCCAUGAAUCAUGGCGAGAAAGCCAUGGUGCCAACGGAAUCUUCUGGAAAUCAACCCGCAACUUUCCGUAGAAAAGAUGAAUAUCAUCUUCCGGAAUUGAAGCAAUUCACAGUACGAAAGGGUGACCAAAGAAUCAUGCCCGACGGAGAGCUUGAGGAGUAUGGUGAGGGUCAGUCUUGGGAUAUAGUGGAUGGGAUCAGCAUUGACUCUGUUGAUCCGUCCUCUGCCGACUUUGCAGAAUUACCGAUGGCAACACAGUAUAUGAUUUUGUCUCACUUGAGGCUUCGAUCUAGAUUGAGAUUGGGCUACUCGAAGGACCAGCUUGAAAACCUAUUUCCUAAUAGCCAUGACUUCUCAAAAUUUCAGAUUCAGCAAGUACAAAAAAGAAAUUUUUAUACCCAGAAAUUGAUGACGGUAAGUGGAAUGGGCGAAGAUACUGGAAAUGCUACCCGCAGAAUUGCAGGGGAUAAAGACAGACAGUAUAUGCUUGUGAAGAACGAUGGUGGCUGGACCUUGUCGUUGGGAAACAACACUAAUGAAGAUGCAAUUGUAUUGGAUGAUGACGAUGAAGCUGAGCGAUCGACAACUGAUUUUGCUAUCAAAACAGAAGUCGAAACCGAGGAUUCAGAAGAUGAACUAUUGGAAGAUGUUCCGCUCGAAAAUCCUGCAAAUACUGAUGACCAAGGCUUAGGGCUGUACCAAAUGAAGAAUGAUUUGGAGGAGGACGCAAUCAACAAAGCUGUCAUAGAGUCCAUCUACGAUCAAUAUAGACACGAGUUUGAAGAUCGCUCUGAAGACUGGCAGCACGAGCAGGUGAUCCAGGAAAGGAUUGAAAACCUUAGAGAUACAGAUUUAAGGAAAGCGAUCGAAGAAUCCAAGAAGGACUUAUUCCAGAAAGUUCGCAAAGAGGGCGACUUAUCUCAAAAUUUGGGUGAGCUUCGCCAUGAUUCCGAAUUCGAAUUUGGGAAGUCUAUCUUAUUUGGGGGUACUGAAACAACGCAAAUACAACCCAAAAGUAUUACUGAAACCCAUUUUCGCGACUCAGCUUCGAGCACUGAUCAUGUGAAUCCUGGCGAUUUCCCAAAUUAUCUUGACGAGUCGGAAAAAGAAGCUACAAAAACCCAAACUAAUCCCCUACCCCUGUGGUUUAGCGACUCUUCGCAUUUGCAGAGCCCACAUGCGUCGGUUGGUUUUCUUUCUGAUAAAGUGGAGAAUAGGGCUCAUGACGAAAAUGAGGAGGUGGGCUUGAUACCGUAUAGUGAAGCAAGAAAGUACUUCAAGGGUACCGCUCGCACAACAUCGCAGAUAAGCGUGUCUGACAAUGAAAUGGAACUGGACUCCGACAUCCAGAUAAUUGAGAAUAUUGUGGAGCGAGAGCCGAAUAUUACGUCGAGCGAAACAGCACAAACUGAUGAGACGUACAAAUCCACUGAAGGACAGCCGACCAUAGUUGAGAAACCUGUUCUUCAACAAAAACGAAGGAGCAAAAAGGCGGAUGCGAAAAAAGUAUUUGUGCAAACCAGGAGCCGAGAUUCGGCUGAUGCCCUUGAAAGCAAAACACCGGCUCGCCUUGAACUGAAAGCUACGUCUCCACAAGCCGAAGGCGUGGAUAAUGUAGAAUCUUCAUUUUUACUGGGAGUAUCUGACGAAAAUUGUCGACUGAUGGACGCAACCUAUGAAGGAAGAGAGCAACCCAAAAUACUAGACUACGAUUUUGAUGAAAGUGAAGAAGAAGAUCUUGUGAAACUACUUCAGGAGGAAGAGCAAGAGCAUGCCCAGUUCACCACCAGUAUUCAAUUGGACAAGAUUCCUAUCCACACGAAGGUUAGCAAUGAACAACUACUACAAGAACAGCUUCAGAAGGCAAAACGUGAUGCUGAAGAGGUGACUCAAACAAUGAUCAAUGACGUACAGGAAUUGUUGAAGAGAUUUGGGAUUCCCUAUAUUACUGCACCAAUGGAAGCAGAGGCACAAUGUGCCGAACUCUACCAAUUAGGAUUGGUUGAUGGUAUUGUAACGGAUGAUAGUGAUUGCUUUCUUUUUGGUGGUAGUCGAAUCUACAGAAACAUGUUCAAUCAAAAGCAGUAUGUUGAAUGUUAUAUUGCGGAAGAUAUAGAGCAUAAGGUCGGACUCGAUCAACAGAAGCUCAUUGAACUCGCGUUGUUACUAGGCAGUGACUACACUGAAGGAGUCAAGGGCAUUGGCCCGGUAUUAGCCAUGGAAAUUCUAGCUGAGUUUGGUGGUUUGAGCUCCUUCAAACAAUGGUUUGAUGAAACAACGAAAACGUUGAAAAAACCCGACUCGGGUCGGCUGAAACUUGAGAAGACCUUGAUUUCGAGAAUCAAAAAUGGGAAACUUUUUCUUUCUGACAAAUUUCCCGAUCCAGUUGUCGUUGACGCGUACAAACAUCCAGAAGUUGAUCAUGAUAACUCCAAGUUUAAAUGGGGAGUGCCCCUGUUGGACCAAAUAAGAAGCUUCUUAAUGUACAAUGUAGGCUGGUCACAGGGAAGGGUCGAUGAGGUAAUGGUACCGUUGAUCCGUAAUAUCAACAAGGCCAGAACAGAAGGUCAGCAGACCACAAUAGGAGAGUUUUUCCCACAGGAUUACAUUUCCUACAAAAAGGAUGUGGGUAUGGGAAAACGUAUGAAGGCAGCAGCUGAACGAAUAAGAAAGGUAUAAAUAUAUUUUGGGUCAAACAUGAUAACAGAUUGAUAUACUCGCAAUUAUAAUUCUUAAUAAAUUCCCAGUGUCUGUUUGACGA